AUGGCGACUCCGAGUGACGAUCACGUUUUAGCCCAGCUACCGGCUGCCUAUGAGCAACAGGUCAUGGGCCCAAGUGGCGCGGAUGCGCGAAGGCAAGGGUCGCUGCAAGCCUCGGCGGGGAUGCCGAACGGCACGGAACCGACAAUGAGAAGAACGGGCCGAGCAGGCGACGAUGCAUAUGAGCGAGCUCUGGCAAGCAUGGCGACGAGGUCUGGGAUGCAGCAUCAAACCGGAUCGGGCGCGAUGGGAGCCAGUGAUGAGCGUGCGAGUGAGCAGCCGCGGCUGGAGGAACGGUUGUCUGGAAUGCGAAGUGAAGGACAACCAGGUACAUUGGAUCGUCCGUUGUUACCUCAUGCUGCUUUGGGGAAUGUUUUAGUACCUGAAGAACGUGCGGAAAGGGACGCAGCGGCAUCCUUGUUUCCUUCGCCGUUUCCAUCGCCAGGUGGUGGAGAGGAGCUGGCCACACCGGGUUCGGCGACUUCUCUAGCACAACAUGGAGCGGCGGCUAUCAGGUGGUUUUCAAGGUUGGGUGAGUUCGUACAACGCAAGACGGCAACAGUGUCAAGGACCCAGCCUGGUAUGGAAGCCACGUUGUAUCAAGAGACUGUCUGGACACCAGGAGGAUCGAGACCGGCAAAUCCUUCGAGCCAAACUCCUUUGUUUUCUGGACAGCAGGUACAGCGCAUGCGAGAAAUGACGGCCGCCGCACCUCAGCUGUAUGGAUCCACGGGUGGAGGAGGAACUUCCUCGGAUGCGUCGGGCUCCUACUCGAGGGAUCAGCUUGAGGCGGAGGUCAAGAGACAAGUACAAGCAGCGAUGGGAGGACAGCGCGAGCUGGUGGAGGAAAAUCAGAUGCUUCGCCAAGAAGUUGAGAGGCUACGACAGGCCUCAGCGGCGGGCUACCAGAAGGCAAUCCAGCGGGACUUCCUCUACAAGGUCGUGAGCAAGGGGGUGCUUAUGGACUUUCGGGUCAUGAUGGAGUACCAGGGGGCAAUCUUCGAGGACUAUCGGGUCAGGGUGAAGGGCGCGGGGAUGAAGGGUAUCCUAGCCAACACGGAGGUCGCGAUGGUAAUCUUCAAGGACCACCUGGGCAUGAUCAUGAGCAAGAGGGAGGCAAUCCACCAGGACUUCCUGUACAAGGUCGUGAGCAAGGGGGUGAUGGUCGGUCACAUAGUGAUAGCGUACCAGGAGGCAAUCCAGCGGGACUUCCAGUACAAGGUCGUGAGCAAGGGGGCGGCCAUGACUAUGCAAAUGGGCUUACAAGCAGCGAAGCCGGAACAGAUCCGGCCGGGCAUGGCAGCAUCAGAGCUGCCCAAGCUUCAUGAAGCGGACGAGAUGGCGGCGAUCAAUGUUGGUGACUGGCUACAUGGGCUCAGUGGGCCUAUGGGGGAUCUGACGGACGGAAGCUCAGUGUGGUGGUCCAAUGUGUUGGAAAGCCUCAACGCCUACUACCAGGACUAUGUUACGGCGACGGCGGUGAAGAAGCUACAGUUGAAGGCGGAUGGUUACGCUUCGGAGCUCCUUCGCGAGGGCAAGUGGGUUCGAGUGGACAAACGGGCGGCUUCGAUGUUACUGCAGGCGAUACCAGAGGGAAUCCGUUCGGAGGUGCUUGUGCAAAGCACCUUGGCCAUCUUGGCGAGGAUCCUCACGAUCUACAGGCCGGGUUCGGCAGUGGAGAGACAGCAGGUGCUCAAGGCGCUUGAGAUGCCGGCGGUGGCUAACAGCCCAAUGGAGCUGGUGGAGGCAUUGAGGAAAUGGGCGAGAUGGUUGAAGAGGGCUCAGGAUUUGGGACUUCAGGUUCCGGACGCGUCAAUACUCCUACGUGGACUUGACAAUGCCUCGAAGUCGCAGCUGGAAAGACAUGGAGAAGUUCAGUUCAGGACCAACAUGCUGCGCUUCAGUUUGGAGCUGGACUCUUCACCAUCGGUGACCUCGGUUGUGAAGCUACAUCACCACCUGUUGGCAGAGUUCGAACAGCUAGCCUAUCGAGGACACAUGAGGAAGAAUUGCCCGGUGAAGGCCGGGGAUGGCGGCUCCAAGGCGGACGAUGGCAAGGGCAAGGGACAGCCUAAGGUGCGAGCGGAGAUGGACGAGUUCCUGAGAAACGCCACACAGGUGUUAAAGAUGAUGACGGACAAGCAGAGUGGUGGAGAUGGUGGCGGAGCGCCGUCAAUGAAGAUGCUGAAGAAGGCGGUCCGGGAGUAUGAGGAGAAGAUGGCACUGCUGGACUCAGGGGCGACUCACCCACUGCGGGCAGCAACGGAGCCGGAAUGGUCGACUGCUCCAGAGGUGGACGUGGUGGUGGCAGGGGACCAGGUGAAGCGCAUGCGACAAAAUCACACGGGGACUCUGUUGAUGGAGCCGUCGCCAAAGAAGACACAAACCAUUAUCCCGAUGGGCAGCUUGAUCUCACUUCUCGGCUAUGAGGUGAGCUGGACGCGACGCCGAUGCAUUCUUCGAGCACCUGAUGGAGAAGAAGUUGUUCUUAAGGUUUCAGGCGGGUGUCCCGAGUUGAGCGAAACUGCCGCGUUGGAGCUGAUCUCGAAGAUUGAGGCGGAAAAGCUUGAGAGGCUAAGGAGGAGUACGGUGGAAACGGAAAGGGCUACGCUGCGAGCUCAAAUGGUGGAGGUCAAUACGAUAUGGGAGCGAAGCCUAAGGACCUACGUCGAGGACGGGAAGUUCGAAGAUGGGUUCCGGGCGGUGGUUUCCAUGCCUUGGUGUCAGGACCUCCCAAAGGAGCACCUUGUGAAGUUGGCGGUGGAUGUGCCAGGCACAGAUGCGAAGGCCUGGGAGCUUAUGAAGACCCUCGGGUUUAAUCGGAGGAUGCGGAAGCGGCUCAUGCACAAGGACUGGGUUGUCAAGUUCUUCAGUGGAGCGCGAGGGCCGUUGGAUAAAGUCUUCAGGCCCGUGGAGUCCAGCCAGACGGUUGUGGUGGAUGUGGACUUGAUGCGCGACGCUCAGUGGGAUAUGCUUCGUGAAGGUGAUGGCAUUUACAAACUGCUUAUGUGGGGUGCUUCUACGGGCAGACUAGCAGCGGCUAUGGCAUCGGUUCCAAACACCUGUUCGUAUGAGCACCUCCUUCGGCUGAUGAUGAUCACUGAGGUGGCAAAGGAGGGACGCAAGGCUUCGUGUGAGCAGAUGGAUAUCCCGGAUGAUGGGGUAGCAGUGGCGCUGUGGGCGUCAUCGGAGGUGGAAGAGGACCCCAGUGCGAAGGCCAUCGGCAAACAGUGGUUCAAGGAUUGGACUAUGCGCUGCUGGUUUAACCUUCUUCACUUCGAGCAAGGAGGAUUAGGACACCCGAUGCGGAGACCUACUACGAUGGCUACCAAUAUGGAUAUCACGGAGCUGAGGGGUGUUCGUGACGAGCGUGCCGAAGAAGGGGAGUGGGGAUCUCGUUCUACCUGGGCGCCUAUGAUGCUACACUCAUUGGUGCAAGGAUGGAAACGAUGGAAGGCUCGUUUGGGAUGGUAUUCGAGAAUGGUCAAGACUAUGAAGGCAGCUGACAGGCGAGCGUGGGAAAGGCAUUUGGCCAACGACCACGUACCUCAUCGACCAGAUUGCCUACAAUGUGUUCACAACUCUACGGGUCGUCCUCACCGAAGGUGCCUUCACAAGGACUGUUACGUCUUAAGUGCAGAUACGUUGGGUCCAGUUAGAGUUCCGGGUCCCAAGGGCGAGAAGUUUGCGGUCGUGUUCACCUACCAGUACCCCAAGCAGAAGAUGUGCUCUGAGGACAAUGAGGUUCUGGAGGAGGAGCUUGAAGGGUGGGACUUGGACGUGAAGGGACCGACCAUAGAAGCUCAAGACGAAGUUCACGAGGAUGAGGACCUAGCCGACUACAGUCCAGACGCGGAGCCCGGGGUGGAGCUCACUGAGGAGCAGAAGGAGAUGAUCAAGGAACUUCCUCUACUACCACCUGGAGAUGCGGAAGCCUCAACAACUACCCGGAGGGAGCCUGCGAAAGCGAGCGAGGACUGGUGGGAGUUCAGGGAAGCCGAAGGACUCGUUGUAAGACAUCAUGUACUACCACGAACCACGCUGUUUCGUCCUACGUCUACCAAUGGGUGUCCAGUGCCCGCCUUCAAGCUAGAACCUACUCGGAUCACGGAGGUCAAGUAUGCUGGUGGAGGAGUGGAGACCGAAACGUCGGACUGGCAUGGACCGAAGUCAGGGGCAAGGGCUUUAGAAAGAAGGUGGACGGGAUCUUCGAGGUUUCGGGUUUCGGCGGCGGAGAUCGAAGAGGACGAGGAGGAGUUGCAGCGAGAUGAGAGUGCAUGGGAGAAGCUCAUUGGGGAUCUUACCAAGCCUGUGGAAAUGGAGACGAUCUACCUGGUGUACCCCAUACGUGCUCGGCGAGGCGGAGAAGUAAUGCUUGCGGUUCAGGAGGCGGUGUUGAGGUUGAAGCUGAUGGGGCUUCCAGUGGCCCGCUUGCAUUCCGACAGGGGGUCAGAGUUUGCAUCAAAAGGGUUGCGAAAGUGGCUGUUGGAUAGAGACAUCUUCCAUACCCGGUCGGAAUCUUUGGUGCCUCAGACAAAUGGACGCGCCGAAAGAGCAGUACGAUGGUUCAAGACCAGGGCGAAGACCUUGUUGGCGGAAGCUGAAGUACCCCUGAAGUUUUGGACGUUGGCCAUGCAGCACGCAUCCAAUCGGAGAGUACAUGAGCGAUUGGGUUUGACGAAGCCAAAGCUGUUGCAGUUUGGUGAGAAGGUGAUGAUCAGGAGGAAGGUGUUUGGAAACAACAAGAAGUACGACCUGACGGAUCGUUGGGAGCAAGGGAUCUAUCUUGGCCUGUCCGACACGAUCAAGGGCGGGGCAAUCGUACUGAGACCGUCUGGGAUCAUCACCGAAACGUUGAACCUGAAGACGCGGGUGGUGGAUCCACAUGCACUACUUCGUGAAGCAGCUGUGGAAGAAGCUGAACAUGGGGAAGUUGAAGCCCCUAUCAUCGACCUACCAGAACCGGACCAUCGUCUGAAGGGGAAACAGCCCCCACCGGCACUGAGAGUGUUGGACGCUUCUGACAGAGAGGAGUGGGUCUUAGUUUCAGCGUUGGAGGUUCAGGAGAAGCAUGCCAAGCAGCUGUACGAGAUGGGCAAGUUCGAUUUGGAGUCGUGUGCUGAGCUUCUUCGAGAGCUAGAGUUUUCGGGGAAGAUGCGAACUAAAGCCCGUGGCGAGGAGGCGAAGUCGAUGAUCCUUGGAGGUUAUGUGCAUGGAGGACUUCGUGGGGCGUCCAAGGAAUCAAGGAAGCGUCCAUGGUUGACCAAGUACCUCAACAUGGUGAUGCGACAAAAGGCAGCGGAGGACCUUGGGGAUCAAUGGAGUUGGACGUCGAUUGGGAUCUUCAAGGCAAAGGACGUUCCACCGCACCGGGAUAUGCGGAACCGGCCACAGUCGAAGAACUACGUGAUGGAAGUGCGUGGGAAAGGCCGAGCGGGAUUGUGGAUGGAGCAGGAUCCUAAAGACGGAGAUCUAGAAGAGGAUGUUCAUUUGGUGGAGCAACAGUUACCGGAUGGACAAGUCAAGAAGGGGAAGGUCGUUUGUGUUCAGGGGAGACUCGUGGAGUUUGAUCCAAGGAGGCGUCAUGCUUACGUUGCUGAAGGUGAAGAUCAGUGGUUGCUGGCUGCAUUUACCCCCUUGGGUGUGGAUAAGCUCCCGGUGGACUCUAAGGCGUAUUUGGCUCAAUGCGGUUUUCCUUUGACGGGAACUGGAGCUGAAUGUGAGGUGGAGGAUGAUGAGGAGCUCUACAACAUGUUCAUGGACGACAGCGACCUCGAGGACGAGAUUGAGGAGGAAGCGGUGGAGCAACGGGCUAGACGUGUGCGCUGUGUACUACAGCAGGAGUUGGAGGAAGUCCCGGCGGCGGGAAGGUCCGAAACAUGGGAUCGGCAGCUUCAGGAGGAGCUCGAAUGCGCUCAGGAACGGCUGUUGUCUGCUACUACAAGGGCCAUGAAGAUAUCCCCUACCGAGGCAAAGGACUUUGAAGUGGAAAGGCUGUUGGAGUCGCUCCAGGCUCCUCUCGAGGUGGUGCACAAUGUGAGUCUACCGGAAGUUAAAAGAUAUGUAAGCAGAUGGAAGGAUGCGAUCCUCAAGGAGGUGAAGGCCUUGGUAGAUUCGGGAACGGUGCGGCGUUUGCAGCCUGAACAGGUACGUGAACUUAAACGAUGUGGCCUUACUGUUCUACCUGGAAAGGCUGUAUUUACUGCAAAGCCACCCUCCGAAUCUGCGGGUCCUGUUUGGUACCGCCGGAAAUGUCGAAUUGUCGUCUGUGGAAACUACUUGGCCGAUGAACCCCUCAAUGUGUUUGCGAGUGGCACCUCGUCUGACUCGCUAAGGACGGCAGUGGCAAUUGCUGUCUACCGGAGGUGGGCUGUGGGCUGUACUGACGUGUCCAACGCCUUCACCCUCGCUCCUAUGCCACGCGACAGACUCUAUGGACUGACGCCACCUACUGUGGUGUCAAUGGUGGGAGGCUCGGAAUGUGGAGAAGUGUGGCUAAUAGAACGGGUGCUUUAUGGUUUGAGAGAGGCCCCGCGGCUAUGGGGGCUUUUCAGGAAUGAGCGGCUAGCGUCGGCCAACAUCCCCUACCAGGACAAAGUUGUGAUCCUCGAGUGCUUGGAAACAGAGGAAAACAUGUGGAGGAUCCUCUACCAGGGCGAGACUGAGCUGCAGGGCCUGAUGCUUGUGUACGUGGAUGAUAUCCUUGUACUGUCUUCGGAGGGCCUCGUAAAUGCCAUUUACCAGUGGUUGGUGUCGGAAUGGAAGUGCUCAAGUUUGGAAUGGUUGUCGGAGGGAUAUAUUAGAUUCUUGGGGGUUGAACUUCGGAGCUACGAGAAGGGCAUCCACCUCUCCCAGUCAGGCUAUGUGAGAGAUAUCCUCAGGCAACAUGGUGUUGAAGAAGUUGAGGGUGCUGUUCCCGUACCAUGUACUCGAGAAUGGCUACAAGAUGAGUCGGAAGGUGAAGACAACGAGCCCGAAGAGUAUCUGGUGAAGACGGCACAGAAGAUGACUGGAGAGGCCUUGUGGCUUUCGACACGAUCAAGGCCAGAGCUGGCCCACUCGGUGGCAUGUAUGGCUGCGCGAGCGGCUAAGAAUCCUCAGCGGGCUAUCCAGAUUGGGAAGAAGAUCCUGCAGUUCCUUUCGCGUACGGCGGAUUAUGGUCUGUGGUUUGAACAUGAUGAAAGCCAGCCCUUGUUGGUCACGUACUCGGAUGCUAGCUACGCGCCAGGAGGAGGACGAUCAUUUGGCUGCAUAUUGGUGCAGUUAGCGGGCAUGGUGGUCACGUGGCGGGCAUCGAAGCAACCGGUGAUCACCCUCAGCGUGGCGGAGGCGGAGUUGUACGAGGGCGUUUCGGCUGUCCAAAUGGGAAUGGGUGUAAAGGCGAUGUUGGGUGAGUUGGGCUAUGAUCCGGUACUACAUCUUCGAAUAGACAAUAUGGCGGCAAAAGGCCUGGCGUCGGAGAGUCCGGGUUCAUGGAAGACUCGACACCUACGUAUUCGAGCUCGGUUCCUACGACAAGAGACGAAAGCCAACCGACUGGUGAUCGAGCACUGUCCAGGGCAACUACAAAAGGCAGACAUCGGGACGAAGGCGUUUGAUGCGCCGAAGUUUCGUGAGCUACUUGUGCUAUGGAACAUAAUGGCAUGGACGUCUUUGGGGUCCUCAAGGGUGGCUGUGAAAACGUUGCAGAGCUGGACAAAGCCUAAGGUGUUAAUGUUCAUCAUGGUGUGUAUGGUGAUCAUAAAGGGCGCUGCUGGAGAAGUUGAAGGGCGGCAAGAGCUACAGCUGGAUGGUUCCUUGGAGUUCUACUUGGUGCUGAUUGUGAGUGUGAUCGCGACAUUAGCAGUGUGGGAACUUGGAAAGGCCGUAACCAGAAGGUGCUCGAACUGCUUCGACAAGUGGAAAAGGCAGAGGAAAAAGCAGGCACGGCUUCAACAAAGAACGAAGGAGGCUGUGGAAAGAGAGUUCCAAAGGCAAGCAAGCAGCCCUUUGAGCACGCGAGAAGAUCGACGAGGCCAAGAAGGUGAUGAAGUGCGAUGGAGGGGGAGUAGGGUGUUUGAGACACCUGAACGAGCGCGGGGAAGUAGGGUGUUCGAGACGCCUGAACGAGCGCGCGCAUCAACCUCUACGGCGGCUUCUACAACCAUGAGGUCAAUCAGUACGCAGACGGAGAUCGAGUAUAGGGGUCCUCAAUGGAUCGAUGCUCGAAGAUUGGAAGGAUUCAAUGGUCCUUUCUAUGCUACGCCGAAUGGAGACUGCAUUCAUACAGUUCAAGGUUGUCAUGGUCAAAGGAAUGCUACCGGGCGGUCAAAAACCUUUCGGCUAUGCAUGUACUGUGAUAGAGAUCGCCCACUCAUGUUAGUAGGAGCACCUCUAGGCUAA